GGGGAAAGGGGAGAGCCUGUAAACGUGGCUGAGAGUGUAGAAGCAGAAAGACAGGGGCUGUGAGAAAGAAGCAGCUCAGAGAGAGGGAUAGCGGCAGAUAUAGAGAGAUUCUCUCUCUCUGUCAGUCUGAGUGUAAGAAAGAAAGAAAGAUAGAUACAUAGAAAAACAGGCAGAGAAAAACCAAGAAAGAGAAUCAAUUUUAGUUAAAUAGAACGAGACAAACGAGGAGGAACAGAGUGACACACAUUCAUAGAAAAGCAAAGGAAGAAAGAGAGAGAGAUGCAAAGAAAGAGGUAGACACAGGCAUAGAGGGGAAGAAAGAUAGAGACAUACACAUAGGCAGAGAUAGGUGGAGACAUAUAUAAGCAGAGAGAGACACACACCAAUUCACAAACAGAGACACCAGGAAAGUGAAAUAGAUAAGCAAAUAAAAGCAGAGGAGAAAAGAGAGAGAAACUCAAGGAAACAUCUUUAUAGACUGAGAGAGACAGAAGAAAAUAGACAGAGAGAGAAAACAAAGUAACAAAGGUGGUAAGAAGAUUUGGGAGCUUGAUCUGUUACUGAGCCUCCAUCACACCAGGAUUUGCUCCAAGUGAGUGUUCCACUGAGCAGGCAAGCAGGAACGUCUAAGAAUGAAGCCGAUGCAGAGGUUACUGCAGCUGCCAGUAUCAGCUGUCAACUUGAUCAAGCCGCUGUGCCAAGAGGAAACCAAGAGUCCAGUGCUGACCUCGGAGGGUGGCCAGCAGAACUGGUACAAUGCGGUUCAGCCAGAUGAACUGAAGCUUUUGAAAGCCUCACCAGAUCCUGAACACCAGAGUGAAGAGCCAACUGAACCUGGCCAGACACAACCAAUCCGGCAUGACGACCUGAAGGAGAUGUUGGACAGUAAUAAGGAUUCCCUGAAGCUGGAAGCAAUGAAGAGAAUUGUAGCGAUGAUUGCCAGAGGAAAGAAUGCUUCAGAACUCUUUCCUGCAGUGGUGAAGAAUGUUGCCUGCAAAAACAUUGAGGUAAAGAAGUUGGUUUAUGUUUAUCUGGUUCGAUAUGCAGAGGAGCAGCAGGAUCUGGCUUUACUUUCCAUCAGCACCUUCCAGAGAGGAUUAAAGGACCCAAACCAGCUGAUUCGAGCCAGUGCCCUCCGUGUCCUGUCCAGCAUCCGUGUCACAAUUAUCGUCCCCAUUAUGAUGCUGGCAAUAAAAGAGGCUGCAUCUGACAUGUCACCUUAUGUCAGGAAGACAGCUGCCCAUGCCAUUCCAAAACUCUACAGUUUGGACCAAGAUCAGAAAGACCAGUUAAUCGAGGUGAUUGAGAAGCUGCUGGCUGACAAAACCACGUUGGUUGCAGGAAGUGUGGUGAUGGCCUUUGAAGAAGUUUGCCCUGAGAGGAUUGAUCUGAUCCACAAGAACUAUCGGAAACUCUGCAACCUUUUGAUUGAUGUGGAGGAAUGGGGACAAGUUGUCAUCAUCAAUAUGCUCACACGCUAUGCACGGACCCAGUUCCUCAACCCUAACCAGAACGAAUCUUUAUUGGAGGAAAACCCAGAAAAAGCAUUUUAUGGAUCUGAUGAGGAGGAAUCCAAGCAAGGGGAAAUGGAUGCAGCUGUGCUUCCAAAACGGAAACCGUAUGUCAUGGAUCCUGACCAUCGUCUACUGCUUCGCAACACCAAACCUCUUCUCCAGAGCCGGAAUGCUGCGGUGGUGAUGGCUGUGGCACAACUUUAUUUCCACCUUGCUCCCAAAGCAGAGGUUGGUGUGAUAGCCAAGGCUCUCGUUCGCCUGCUACGCAGUCACAGUGAAGUGCAGUUUGUGGUGCUGCAGAAUGUUGCCUCCAUGUCAAUCAAACGAAGGGGAAUGUUUGAGCCCCACCUGAAGAGUUUCUACAUCAGAUCCACUGACCCAACGCAGAUUAAAGUGCUGAAGUUGGAAGUUCUGACCAAUCUGGCCAGUGAGACCAAUAUAUCAACCAUUCUCCGUGAGUUCCAGACAUAUAUCAAGAGUCAAGACAAGGACUUUGUAGCUGCUACUAUACAGGCUAUUGGCCGAUGUGCUACCAACAUUGAUGAGGUCCGUGACACUUGCCUGAAUGGAUUGGUUCAACUGUUGUCCAAUAGAGAUGAGUUGGUGGUUGCUGAAUCUGUGGUCGUCAUUAAGAAGCUGUUGCAGAUGCAACCAUCGCAACAUAGUGACAUCAUCCGACAUAUGGCAAAACUCAUUGACAACAUCAUGGUUCCUAUGGCAAGAGCCAGUAUCCUUUGGCUUAUUGGUGAGUACUGUGAACAUGUGCCCACGAUCGCUCCUGAUGUGCUUCGGAAAAUGGCCAAGUCCUUCACCAAUGAGGAAGACAUUGUUAAGCUGCAAAUCACUAACCUGGCUGCCAAACUGUACCUUACCAACUCCAAACAGACCAAACUGCUGACUCAGUACGUUCUUAAUCUGGCCAAGUAUGACCAGAACUAUGACAUCCGGGACCGAGCCCGUUUCAUCCGGCAGCUCAUUGUUCCAACAGAGAAAAGUGGUGUGUUGAGCAAGUAUGCCAAGAAGUUGUUUCUGGCCCAGAAGCCUGCCCCAGUCCUUGAAUCCUCCUUUAAAGAUCGGGAUCAUUUUCAGCUCGGCUCAUUGUCCCACCUGCUGAACAGCAAAGCUGGAGGUUACCAGGAACUCCCAGAUUGGCCUGAGUCUGCCCCUGACCCCUCGGUCCGUAAUGUGGAGGUUUCAGAAUGGACUAAACCCAUUGGCAGAGAAAAGAGAAAGGAGAAGGUCGAAAAACCAUUCUAUUCUGAUUCCGAGGGGGAGUCUGAACCUACUGAAUCAGCAGACAGUCAGUCCCCAACUGCCAGUGAGUCUGAAAGCAUGAGUGAAAUUGAGAGUGAGAGUGGCUCAGAGAAUGAUGAAGAGAGUGAUGAAGAGACCAAGUCGGACAAGGAGAGAAAGAAGAAAGCAGGAAAGGAGAAGAGCAAGAAACAAGAUGAGAGCGAGGACAGUGGACAAAGUGAAGGUGAAGAGAAGACAGUGAAAAAACACAAAGAGGAGGAAGAAUCAAGUUCUUCUUCUUCUUCCUCCUCUGAGGAAAGCUCCUCGGAGAACAGCUCAUCAGAAUCAGAGUCAGAGGGAGACUCUGAAUUGGAUACCGGUAAAAAGAGCAGGAAGACGCUUUUCACAGCAAAACCACCUCCAAGGCCGCUUGAGACAAAACAGAAGGAGAUCUCUCUCCUUGACCUGGAUGACUUCAGCUCACCCACAACCUUCCAGAGCAGUCCCUCUCCCAACACAUUGCCCAAAAGUCUCAAUCUGGAUCUACAGGGGUUAACAUUAACUGACACAACCCUACUAUCUGAGGUGUCAAGCCCCUUACUGGGGGGAAUGAAGACAUAUGAGUUGCUUCAUCGCAUCACGGGAGAGGGACUGUCUGUGGAGUACUACUUCAACAGGAGGCCAUUCAGCCCAGACCACACUAUGGUCUCUGUCCAGAUGCAGUUCACCAACAAUUCAGAAAUGGAAUUCCGAAAUCUCCGUAUUGCUGAGCCCAAGCUGCAAUCAGGAAUGAGAUUGCAGGGAUUCAAGGAGAUUGCAAUUCUCCAGCCAGGUGAGGUCAUCGCAGAUACAUUGGGCAUCGAUUUCUGUGAUUCCACACAAGCGGCCAACUUCCAGCUGUGCUCCCAGACCAGGCAGUUUUACAUGUCCAUCCAGCCACCUGUGGGGGAAUUGAUGAUGCCAGUCUUCAUGACUGAGAACACUUUCAAGAAGGAACAGGAACAACUGUUAAAUCCCAGCGCUGGAAAAUUGAUGGGAAUGAAUGAAAUCAAGGAGAAACUGACCCUCCCAGAGAAAUGCCGGAAUGACCAAGCCAUUGUCCAGAAGGUGCUUUCUACAGCCAAUCUUGGGCGGGUGCCAUGUGGACUGGACAAUGAGUAUAGGUUCGCUGCUCGAACAAACAGUGGUGGUGCUUUGGUUCUUGUUACCCUGGUAACCAAAGAAGGCGGAGCUGCUCAGCUAACGAUUAACUGUGAGAAGAUGGUGAUUGGCACGAUGAUGGUGAAAGACAUAAUGCAGGCACUGACUCAGUGAUGCAGCUGAUUUGUCUCUCCUUCUGACAUGGAGGGGUUGGGGUUUGAGAGUCGUCUCUCACUCUGCUCUUACAGCCUCUGCAACCCCUCACAGCGCCUGGCCACUCAAGAAACCACUGGCUGCAGGAGAAACAGCCCAACUGAAAUAUAAGGCAUUCACUUAGUUACGACUGAAGCUUCUCCAAUAUCCAAAAACGUAAGGAGCAGGAAUAGGCUAUUUGGUUUUUUGAGCCGGUUCCAUUAUUCUCUACAAUCAUGGCUGAUCUGAUUGUGUCCUUGACUCCACUUUCCUGUCUCCACAAUCCCUCCCCACCAACCCUAAAAGGCCUGACCUCCCACUACUCCUUGGAGACAAGAAAUCCUAAUUUUCAAUUUGUGUCCCUUAGUUCUAAUCUCCACCACAUGGGGACAAAAUCCAUUCAGCAUCCACUCUAUCAAAGUCCCUCAGAAUCCAAUUUCAAUAAGAUCAACUUUCAUUCUGCUAAACUCCAAUGACUUCAGGCCUAAAUAUCUGUCCAAUAUUUCCUCAUAAGACAACUCUUUUAUUGCAGGAGUCACUUGAGUGAUUCAUUUCUUACUGCUUCCAGCACAAUGAUAUUCUUUCUUAAAUGUCAUGUGUGGUGAGAUCCUGAUUAACUUGCUGAAGGAUGACUGAAUUCUUCACAGUGUUGUCUUCUAAAAGUUGAGGAACUAGCUCUUUGUCCUGCCCCACCCCACCCCACUGAAGAAUUUGAUACUGCUUCAAUUUUUAUUGGUUAUUAGGGCCCCUGUAUCAGAGAAUUUCCAUUUCUGUGUAAAACAACAUGAAGUCAAUGUUUUACUUGAUCAAUUUUAAUAACUCUUUAAUAAUUCACUUUUGGAAUUCCAUCUCUAAACCACUCUGGCUCUCUUACCUCCAGUAAUACCUUCCUCUUUUUACCAGGCUUUUAAUGAUUCUGUCCCACUGCUUACUUGAUCUUCUGCACUGGUUUCACUUUAACAGCGAUAUUCAGUCUCCUGGGUUGGUCUCCUAUAAAAAAUGGUUGCCUAUCCAAUAUAUAUUAAAUUGAACCUAAACCAUCAGCAAACAAAAAUGCAGCACCUCAGUUUCAUAAGACGUUUUGCUUGACAAUCCUAAAAUACUGCAUGACAUUGUAAGAAUCAAUAUUUUCCAGUUUGCUAGUAAAGUUUUUUUUUAGAAAUGCUUUUUAUAGUAACAACUUUUAACAAUGUUACUACAUUUAUGGAGGGCAUAUUUUUGGAAACCAGUAUUUCUCCAUUUUUUUCUGGGAUUGAGAAUUCCUCACUGUUCUCCCCAGGCAGCAGCCAGUGAAGCAAGCUUCAGGCUUGUACUGGGACAGGAAAUGGUGAGAUAUUGUGGGUACUUGCAUUGUCUCUGAAAUACUUCCUUGGUUAUACUGGAAGAGUCAUACUGGAGACAAAACAUUAAGUCUGGUUCUCUCUCCACAAUUAUGCCAGACCUGCUGAGUUAGCUUGCAGAUCUUUGUGUUUGUUUGGGAUGUCAACAUCUGUAGUAUUUUGCUUGUAUCCUUGAUACCUCCUUGAAUAGUUGAUGGUCAGCAGCCAUCUGAACUGCUUUGAAAGAGGAAGGAUCCACCCAUCAAAGUUAGAUCUGAGGGAGAGAGCCCAGCAUUGAGACAGGACAAUAGGAAAUGCUCCAAGUGUGAAUCUGGAGAAUGAAGGAACUAGAUAUAGAGGAAUUAUGUUUGCGUGGAGACUGUAAGCAAUUGUUCCAAAUGGCCCUGGACAGGAUUUGUGCUUGGACCUGAGAGAGGUCAAAAAGAAGGUGAUGACAUAGCGACAUUUUAGAACAGUAAUUCAGAGACUCAGUCUAAUGCUGUGGCAUCAAGGGCUCAAAUCCCACCACAGCAGCUGGUGAAAUUUUAAAUUCAAUUUUAAAAUCUGGAAUUGAAAGCUAGUCACAGUAAUGGUGACCAUGAAAUUAACAUUAAUUCUUAUCAGAACCCAACUGAUUCACUAAUGUCCUUUAGGGAAGAAAAUCUGCCAUCCUUAUGUGAUCUGACACACAGUAGUGUGGUUGAUUCUCGACUGCUGUCUGAAAUGGCCUAAAACACUCACUUCAAGGAAAUUUAGAACCAGUGAUGUCCACAUCCCAAGAAAGAGUAAAGAAAAUAAAUCUGAACUAUUAGAUAAUUCAUUGGAGACAAUUAAGCCACAGUUAAAGGACAAUCAUGUAUGUGCAACAAUUUCAUUCCAUGAAAGAACUUUUUAAAAAAAGACUAAGGCUUGUAGUAAUCACUUUUAUUGAUAACACAAACAGUCAUGUGGCUCCAGUUGGCCAAUAAAGUGUUUGGCAUGAAGGAGUUAAGGAUCAUACAAUUUUAAAAGCCAAAUAGGUUUCCAAUGAGAGCUUAAUUUAUCCAAAAAAAUUCCCAAGUCUAUAUUUUUAAUAAAAUAAUAGUCAAUCACUUCUGAUGUUUCACAAAGCUGUCAAAACCUUUAGCUGAAGGUGUAAUCUUUAGCUGAAGUGGGCCUACUGAAAGACAUUCAUUGGAUCAAGUCAUUCAGUUCAGUCCUCAUUUGAGAGUGAUACCCUUUAUUCUCUUUUAAUCUAUACAGUAAAUUCAUCUGUCUUUGUAAAUGUCACAUUGUAAUUGGAACUCGCUGAGCUGCAGCCUCCACCCGAGAGAAUGUAAAUGCAACCUAAGAAACCACAAAGACAUCAACUCUAUGUUAAACUUUGUAACUGCUGUCUCACAUGUUAUUUUAAAACUCAGAAAUGAAAUUGGAAUGUCCUCACCAGGUAUAAAUUUGGGCAAAAUUUAUGGACACCCUGGAUUGCCCAAGCAUCAGGAACUCCUCUUGUCCUUGCUGAUUGAUCCAAAGGAAUAUGGGGUGCAGGUUUGGCACUGACUUAGGUAUAGGACUUGGUGGAAAGAUGAUGUAAUUAGAAGCCUUUGACCUUCAUUCCAGGUUUUUUGGUUAUGGUUUACAACAUUAACUUUCAAUCUUGCUGAGGUAUCAUCCAGGCUGUGGACCUAUUCUCCCAUGUUUGGGAGUUUGGUUCAUGAAUGCCAGGGUAUGUGCUGGAGGGCCUGCACACUGUUGUCCAUGCGGGCUAAACUUCCAGGUAUCACUGAAGCUUUAAUCUGUGACCAUGACUGACCCACUUUCAUUGUAUCGACACAAGGACCUUCAGCAGAGCAUUUGCUGAUGGAAACUUUGCCCUAAUAUGGGGAGACUUAACACGUUUGGCUCUCCCUUUUGCAUUGCUGUUAGCCAGUGGUGUGGGCUGAAAAUGAGAAGUAGAGACACGCAAAAAGCGAAAAAAAAUUAACUCCCACCCACAAACUACACACAUGACAUCAACCUUUUGGAUACUCCUCCAUAGACAAUUCCCAUUGAAAAUGUGGAUUUAUGUAAUAAUAAUUUAGAGAUAGUUGUGUUUAGAAAACCCGCCACCCCUUUCUGAAAAAACGUUCCCACACUAUUCUCAUCCAUUCUUGGUACAAGACUGAAAAUGUUCAUUUCUUGCACUUCUUAAAUUACAUGUAAUUUAUGCUGAAACAGAAAACAUGCAACCAUAAUGUCUCUCUGGGUAAAGUUUUUAAGCACUUGACUAAUAGGGCUUUCUGGAAAUUAUAAGUUUAACUGCACAAAGCUGAUCAUUAUAAAAACGACUGAAAGUUAAAAUGGAGUGUUGGCCACUUGAGAUUCCAUUUGCAAAGGAAACAAAUUUGUGCUUUGGUUCUCAUUCCCAAUAAUGUGGUACUUAUUCUCAGCACAAACUUAUUAAGCCUUAUCAUGGAAUCAUAGAACAGCACUGCACAGAAACAGACCAUUCAGCCCAUCUGGUUUUCACUGUCUGUCUUGAAGAGGGUUGGACAAAGUUAAAAAUCAGAUAACACCAGGUUAUAGUACAACAGGUUUAUUUGGAAGCACUAGCUUUC